CGGUCAUGUGAUCAGCUGUGUCCAAUCACAGCUGAUCACAUGGCACUGAUGAUCAGUGUGCCCUGAUGAUCUGUGUAGCCCCAGCAGUGCCACCUACAGUGCCACCUGUCCGUGCUCAUCCAUGCCACCUGCCAGUGCCCAGCAGUGCCACAUAAGUGCCACAUUUCAGUGCACAUCAAUGCCACAUAUCAGUGCCCAUCUGAGCUGCCUUUCAGUGUCACCCAUCUGUGCCAGUCAGUGCCACCUAUCAAUGCCAGUCAGUGCCACCUAUCAGUGCUGCCAAUCAAUGCCACCUAUCAGUGCCAGUCAGUGACGCCUAUCAGUGCCAGUGAGUGACACCUAUCAGUGUGCAACAGUGCCACCUAUCAGUGCCCGUCAGUG